UGUUAAGUAUAUCAUAGGGAUAAUCAGUCGCAUAUCCUCCUUGUUACAUUGCUCGCUAAAGAUGCAGGAAAGCACGAAACAAUAUGUUAUUAGCUUAUUACGAUAACAUUAAGUAUAGGCAAAAAGGAAGGAUGUUAGCUCUGAGGAAAACACUAAAUAAGUUUUACUUUGAUCUUACCUUUAAUAUUAACGCCAUGAAGGCGGUGCUACUGAUGGCUGUUAUUGCCUCGGACUUAUUAUUACUAUUUGAUUGCAAAGUUUCAGACCAACACGUUGUGGAAAGCAAGAACAGCAGUAUAGUUUUCAGCAACUGCACACUUCUUCCCAGUGAUGUCGGGACGUUAGACUCACUCAUCAUCCGCGAUCUUUAUUCCUUAGGUAACUCUACUGUGAUUGUGAUGCUGAACGACAGUCUGGCAGGAGCCUUUAAACUAAGCCUAGAAUCGACAAUGUCCAGCUUGGAAAGUGUACAGCAGCCUAAACUUAGGUCGACGUAUUUGACAAAUAGAACAAACAACACAACCAUUUGGCUUGAACGAACCAGAAAAUGUCUAAAGGUAGGGUAUAAACAAGAGUUAUCACAUGCAAGAAUGAUUCUGUGUAAAAGUACAUAUAUCAACAUCACGGCUUUGUAUUUUGGGGCGCAGAACGGACAGUUCGAAUAUGAAUGGCAUGGGAAUGGGAUUGACGAUAUUGAUUGUUCCAAAAACACGUCUCGUGAUUUGAAUGGAAUGUAUACCAAGCUGAAUCCUGUUCGGCACAAGACAAAGAAUGCUAAACAAAGUGAUAGUACCAUUCUGCAUAAUCAAGAUGGACAACCAAACGCGUCCAACAACACAGACGACGGCCCAACACACACAGGACUGAUUAUAACGAUGUGUGCUCUAGCAUUUAUUGUUGCGUUGUCAGCUGUUGUGGGAAUUGUCAUGUUCAAGCGAGGUCAAAUUGUAUGGACAGGCUUUCACGGAGCAGGAACUGACACUGAACAAAUCCAUAAGCUGCCAUCUGCUGCCACGCUGAAAACGCAAAAUUGGUCAAGUAUUAACAGCAGUUACCGUUUCCAUCACUACGAGGAUGUUGAAGAUGAUCAGAAGUACGAAAGCAUUGAUCCAGUAAGAAACGAACACCAGUACCGCACUGUCUGGACAGUGGACCAAUCCACCGACUACAAUGAUCUAGGUCCAAGAACGGACAGUCAUAAGUAUAAAUCUUUGUGCGCCGCACCAAAGAUAUCUCCAAACAAGCCAUGGUGAAUGUGUUUGGGCAGUCAUUUGGAAAGCAUGCAUGUGCGCCAAACCUUCAACGACACUACAUCAGUGUGUGUAUACCACGUGAUACAUUACGUCAUAUAUGCUACGUCGGAAGGCAAUAUUUGUAAUUGUCCAAGUUGAAUUUUUAUUUUGAUAUAGGAGAAAAGUUUUAAAAUAAGCCCGAAAUGCACCAUUUCGGACUAGAAAUUGUUACAAUGUCUUGGGGAAUACCCUCACACUGCCAACACUUGCCAACAAACUCGGUUCUGAGUAAGGGGCGCAAGUCCAAAGGUUACGCUGCUAAGUUACACCCCUUCUAACGUCAAAUCCUGGACCCGCCCCUGCAUGCUUAAAGUUAAUAGUUAGCAUACAUAACUAUGAAAACUUCCAGGACAAUCAAAGAUUAAUUUACUAUUUCUUUAUCGUUUUAAAUGAAUAAUUAAUGAAUCAAUGAAUGAGUACGGGAACGUGCGUGCGUGCGUGCGUGCGUGCGUGCGUGCGUGCACGUGCGUGCGCAUGUGUGUGAGUGCUGCCAAGACAAUUUACGCAUUCCUGUUUUCGACUGUGAAUACAAUUAUGUAUGUAUACAUAUGAAAACAAGUUUUCAUUUGUAAAGAUAAAUACCCGAUACCAUUCCGAGACUUUACACGGUCUAUGUACAUAACAACUUUUAUUGAACAUUAUGAUUUUUUUGGGUGCAAGUCUUCUUGAUCUGCUUGAAUUUUAACUAAGGGCGUUUUUGUUGAUACCAAACCAGUUUCAGUUUUGGUGUCAAUGGUUUCAUCAGUUUCGAACUCGGUUUUGAUAGUUUGGCUUGAAGUAACCAAUGCAUGGUUUUGUGUACAGUUUAAACAACAUGGAGGAGCUACUGCAUGUAGCCAUUAUUUCCAAUUAUAAAUAUAACCUUUAUCAUUUAGCUCAUUUGCCCAUUGUAAAGCAUUGUUAUCAAAGGGAUUGAGUUUCAACAAACGUGGUUGAUCACCUUCCGCCAUGUUGGUUUCAAAGUAAACUAGUUUUCGGAUGGAACUAACCGAUGAAACCGCCUCCGGUAGGGGUUUCAAUAGUUUCGACAACCGGUUUCGUUUUUCGUUAAAAAAAACGAUAAAACUGGUUUUGGAUUUAUUUGAAACUGUAACAACAAAUGCACAGUUCGUGAAACCGAAAUAAAACCGAAACCAGUUUAUAACCAACAAAAACGCCCUUAGUAUAACAAAGUGUAUAAAUUCACUCAAUUUGAAACAAACCAAGACAGCAAGUAUGUCCAGGAGUAUCGUGCGUGUGUUAUACCGUUUAUAUGUAGUAUCUAGACCAAUUAUAUACCUUAAAGAAUCAUCAGAUGUUUUCCAAAAUUAUCAGUUAUUUUGAAUAUGUAUAAUGUUAUUCAUCUUAUAAACUAUACUUGAUGUAUAUGUAAAUUUGAUUUAUCAUUUGCUUUUUCGUAUUAAAGUGUAAAAGUAUAUAUAUACUUGUAUUCCUUUUAUUUUUUAUUAAAACUGUGUUAUUCAUAUAUAUGUGUGCAUGAAUUUGAUCACGGGUGAUGUUGACAUUAUCAAAUAUGUAUCGAUCGUUAUAUUUUCAUGAAUAAACUUUUAUUUUUCUU